CUGAAAUGGAAAUUGGUAAACGCAGCAGACCAUCGACAUCUAGAACCAGAAGAUACGACUCAAACACACCGUCCACAUCCGACAAUGAAAAUGGAAGAACAAGCACAUCACGUGACGUAAAUGCAAACACCACGCAAAACUCACCCUUUGAGUGUGGUGGCACAACACCUGACGGACCUGACACAAAAUCAACAUAUGGUGCUGAAUCAACAAAUUAAGAUGAUAGUGGCAUUAAUCUGGAAGCUGGGAGUAGUGGACAGAAUGGAUGUUUUAAACACAGUUAGUGCAUCAAAGAAAAAGAGAUGCAAGCAAAUAGGGAGCGAACUAGACAUGUUUGAAACCAAAAAGUUUAAGAACAAAGGAAAUGUCAAAGGACGAAGAAGACGAAAUGAUUGUUUGCGAAAACAGAAAAAGAAAAGCAAGAAAGGAAACAAGUAUUACCACAUGGUCUGUUUGAAACUUAAAGUUGUACCAGACACCGAUCCUUGGUUCUGUCCUAGUUGCCGAGGAACUAACAGCAAGUGAUCAGUAACUGGCAGAUAUGUACAUAAUUUAAUUGAACG